UCCCGGUUUGAGACGUUCUUAAGUCAAUAGCUGGGAGACCAGAAAGCGACCGUCUCCGCCCUUGGAUACGCUCCGGCCGGAGACAACAUCGGAGGAGAUCCUGGAGCGAUUGAACUAGUGAUCCAAGUAACGCCGCAUGGCUGGGAUUAAAGGGGUCGUAAAGGAACCAUUGGACCCAGUCAGUCAGAACAAGAUCUUCACUGAGACGGUCCAGAAAGAGCUGCGAUGCCAGCGCCUGCAUACCGAGUACGCGUUAAACCCGCUCAUGAAAGUUCAUGCCUUAACUGGGAAACCUGCCUCUUGGCAUGAUAACUUAGAGGAACCUGAAGAUGCUAAAUUCCUAAAGCUUAUUCAUCAUGCUGCACUUGAGCCACCCAAGAAAUACACAGAACCACAAUGUGAAAGUCAGGAAAUUGGUUGGUUUUCCACACCGUUGAUCAGUAUCAACCGGAACGAUACUAGGCUGCACUUCCCAAGUCGGAGCACUGAAAUCAGCAGGUACAUGGCUGCUCUCUGGCGCCUGAAGCAGAUGACCAAAAGUAAAUAAGGGCAUAGUAACAUCGCGGGAUCUUACUGUAAAGAUGUUAAACUUUCAUUUAGGAUUUCUGCCCUGCAAGAUUAUCAUCUUGUCAUUGUAAUUGGUUAUUUUAACAAAGGAAGCUGUCUUGCUCUUUGAACUUUUAGCGGUUGCAAUAAACUUGUUCCCAAA